AUGCCGCCGGAGCCUCAGCGGCGAGCUAUCGUCGUCAAGCAACCAGCAACCACCGACCUCGACCCUUCCACUCCCUCGUCCGCAUCAAUGUCUACUACCGGCACCAUGGGACAGCCUGUAGUCCAGACGAUCCACCGGGACCCCGCGCUGUUUUGGUGGAUUCUACUCCCCAUUACCGUCGUCAUGGUCUUGACAGGCAUCCUCCGCCACUACGCAAUGACACUGCUCCAGUCCACGCCCAAGAAACACGACCUGGCCAAGAUCCGACAGCAGCGCUCCCUCGUACGCGGCGUCAACCUACGCACCAACGCCCAGGUUCUCUCGCCGCCCUCCUUCGCUGCUCGCAAAGCCUACAUGGUGCAGGCGUACCACGAGGGAAAGUUCCUGGCGGAGCCUGAGCUGAGAGGGAAACCGAGACCAAACCCCAUGAGUGACCCGGCGGCUAUGGAGGGUAUGAUGGGCAUGAUGAAGGGGCAGAUGACUAUGAUGAUUCCACAGACGCUGAUUAUGGGGUGGAUCAAUGCCUUCUUCUCGGGAUUCGUUAUCAUGAAACUGCCCUUCCCAUUGACGCCACAGUUCAAGUCAAUGCUGCAAUCUGGAGUGGGAACUCGUGACCUGGACGUCAGAUGGGUGUCCAGCUUGUCUUGGUAUUUCCUGACGUUGUUCGGACUUCAGCCCGUCUACAAUUUCAUCUUGGGGAGCAACAAUGCUGCCAACCAAGUUACCCAACAGAUGGCCAUGGCCAACGGAGGUGGGGGUGGCAUGAUGGGUCCCGAGCAGGAUCCGGAUAAGCUGUUUCUCAGUGAAGCCGAGAAUCUGGAGGUACUGGAGCAUCGAUGGAUAUUGGAGGGCAUUGAAGACCGCCUCGUCGCCAAACUUGGAGCGUGA